AUGGACAGUUUAACACCAGAACCAGAAUUUCAUCUCCUGGAAAAUCCGGAGCGUACCUUUGAUUUGGUACUGAAAGUAAAAUGCCAAGCUUCAGAAAACGAAGAUCCAGUGGUACUGUGGAAGUUCCCGGAGGACUUUGGAGACCAGGAAGUGCUGAACAGCGUUCCAAAGUUCUGCUUUCCUUUUGACGUUGAAAGGGUGUCCCAAAACCAAGUAGGACAGCAUUUCACCUUUGUGCUCACUGACAUUGAAAGUAAGCAAAGGUUUGGAUUCUGCCGUUUGACGUCAGGAGGCAAGGUCUGCCUCUGUAUUCUAAGUUACUUACCAUGGUUUGAGGUAUACUACAAGCUCCUAAAUACCCUGGCAGAUUAUUUGGCUAAAGAACAGGAAAAUGACUCAAAUGAUUUGUUGAAAUCAUUGUAUAACCAUCCUGUGCCAAAGGCGAAUGCUUUUGUCAGUUUAAGUGUGAACCAAGAGAUGAUUUUUGCAAGUGAGCAAGUUUUGAAAAAACAGCCUUGUCUUGUAUCGCACUCGUAUUUCAUUACUCCUGAUAUAACUGGAUUGCCAACUAUCCCUGAAAGUAGAAACCUCACUGAGUAUUUUGUUGCUGUGGAUGUGAACAACAUGCUGCAACUUUAUGCCAGUAUGUUGCAUGAGAGACGAAUCAUUAUUACCUCCAGCAAACUAAGCACUUUAACUGCUUGUGUUCAUGCGUCAGCUGCAUUGUUAUAUCCAAUGUAUUGGCAACAUAUUUACAUCCCAGUGCUUCCUCCACAUCUUCUGGACUACUGCUGUGCACCGAUGCCUUACCUAAUUGGUGUCCACUUAAGCUUGAUAGAGAGAGUAAAAAGUAGAUCACUGGAAGAUGUGGUUUUGCUAAAUGUUGACACAAACACUCUAGAAACCCCUUUUAAUGACCUGAACAACCUACCUGGUGAAGUGGUCUCGGCCUUGAAAAAUAAACUGAAAAAGCAGUCGACAGCUACGGGCGACGGGGUGGCCAAGGCCUUCCUUCGGGCACAGGCAGCGCUCUUCGGAUCCUACAGAGACGCACUGAGAUACAAACCAGGAGAGCCUAUUACUUUCUGUGAGAAUAGUUUUGUGAAGCAUCGUUCCAGUACAACUAAGCAGUUCCUGGAAACAGCUGUUAAUCUUCAACUGUUUAAACAGUUUAUUGAUAGUCGACUGUCAAAAUUAAAUGCAGGAAGAGGAUUCUCUGAUGUUUUUGAAGAAGAAAUCACAGCAGGAGGCUUUUGUGGAGGAAAUUCAAGAUCUUAUCAGCAGUGGAUGCAUACAGUGAAGAAAGGCAGUGCACUGAUCAACACAGCAAUGACCAAAGCCACUCCGGCUGUGAAAACAGCAUAUAAAUUUGCAAAAAACCAGGCGAGGCAAGGAAUAAAAGAAGUGAAGAGUAAGUUAAAACACAAGGAGAGUGAGGAAGACUAUGGAACGUGUAGUGCUGGUGCAGUACAGACUGUUCCUGUCUACACAUCACAUUAUGACAAAAGAACAAGCUCAGAAAAACGAAGACUGGCACAGACUCGUUUCAACCAGCGCCUCAGUAACCAGGAUUUUGCCUUGGAUGAAGAUGAGGAUGAUGAAAUUGAGAGAACAAGCAAGUUGUCAUCAGAAGACAGUGAAGAAGCUUCUGCUUACUUUUAUGAUAGUGAUGGUUCUGGUGAAACUGGAAUAACUCAGCAUCAAGGAGAAAUGGACUUGCUUGGAGAGAUUCUGGACACGCUGAGCACACACAGUUCAGAUCAAGGAAAACUCUCAGGAGCAAAGAGCCUGGAUUUCUUCAGAUCAAUGGAUGACAUUGAUUACAAGACGGCGAACAAGUCAAAUGCACCUAGUGAGAGCAAUCUUACCCUGCUCUGCAGCAGUGCUAAUGACCAGGCAGAGUGGAACCUCGGCCAGGAUGACAGUGUUCUCCAUGGGAAGCAGCUGCCCCCGUCACCAAGGAAGCAAGUUUCUUCUGAUGGCCAGAGAGAAUCUCUCUCAAGGAUGGAAGAAGAAAAGAGUGGCAAAACAUUUACUACUGACAAGAUGGACACCACUAGUUUGACAUCCCUGUCUUCAGUACGACCAAGUGCCCAGUUUACUUCCCUCGAAAGUUUCAAAGCAGGCUUUUCUUCCUGUCGGUAUGCAAAGCCUAAUGAAACACUAAGCAAUACCUCAGAAGAUCAGCUCCCAGCAGGUCUUGCUCAACAGCCAUCUAUUCUGGUCCCUUGGGAGAAAGGUGGGAAGGAAGGAGAUGAAACUCCAGAAGAAGGUGGACUUCUUCAGGAAGUGGUGUCAUUAUGUAAACUGAAUUCUGCUUUUCACUAUGGUUUAAAUAUUUCAAAGGAUAGCUUGUCCAGCAGUAGAAGUGGAAAUAAAACGUAAGAAAAGUAUGAAAAGAGAAACUUGACUCCCAUCAGAUGUUAAAGGGAGACUACUCAGGACUCCAUGUAACUCCAUAUGAGAUGAUAACCAAAAAAAUGAAAAGGAAUAAGAGAUCUUCAGUUAUAAAAAUAAUUCUCUUCAGUUGAGUAUGCAUUUUCUGCCAUUGGACAUCCGCUUCUACAUUUACUCAGUUCAUUUGUUGGCUGUAGUUAGGUCCACAAAAUGGAACUAAAUGUAUGAAUGCACUCUCAAAUCAGGUACUAGUUAGUCUCUGUGUUAAAAAUACAGCAAGUGUAUGGUGCUUCCUAGCAUUUGCUUCCUCUAAGCAGCAAGGGUGUCACCUGAAGGUAGCCAGGUUUUGAAGGUACUAUGUUAAUCCCAUUAGUAUGAAAUGAACCAAGCAAUCUGAUUUGUCUGAAAUGUACAAAUGUUAAUAUUUGUAAUGAAUAAUAAUUGCCUUAAUCUUUUGAGAAGGGGUUUAACUGUCUUAGAAGAUGAAUGCAAAUCUACAAAACAGCAAUAAUGAUUUUCCAUGGCAGGAAUUUGCUUCAGCAAGGGUGGGGGGAGGAAAGGAGACUUUUUAUAGAUUAAGGAAUUUCUUGUGACUAUAACUUGGAAUUUACUCCAAACUAAAACUGUGGCUCUGUCUUCCAGACUUCAGAAAGGUAGCACGUGGUUUUCUCUCUUCCAUAAAGUACAUGAAGUGCUGAAUUAUAAUGUGACAUUUAUUGACUUCUGUUUACAACUAAGACACUUUAAAGACACAUUAUCAGUUUCCCUAGGUAGACUAAUUCACCUAAAAAUUCUCAGAAAGGAAAGUGUAAGUGGAAUUGAUAGAUUUCUAUUAUUUUUUUUUAUUUUCUGCAGUUUAAUAGUUGGAAAACUAAUUUGUGCCUGAUUUGUAACACUAGAAAGCUAAAUUUAUGGAUUCAGUUUGAGACUGUAUAUAUCCGACUCUCAUUUGAGCCAAGUUGGACAACCAAAAACUUCUUUCUAAAUUCAGUGAAGGAGAGUAAAUGGUCAUGAUGUAUAAUGUAUUUAGAACAACCAUUUUUCCUCCUUCUGGCAGUGUUCCUGACAAAUAUUUGGAUAUUUAAAGUCUGAGGAUUUUUGAUACUCUGUGGAGCAGCUCUUUAAUUUUUAAAAUUUUCUUUGUCUUUUCUUUUUCCACCUCACCAUACAUACCUUGUCUCUCCAACAGCUUAGGACAGAAGAGACAGUUACUCAGUUUCAGCAUAUUGGAAUUGUCAGCUUUGAGGGGGAUAUUUGUGGUACAGUUGGUAGAAAUAGCAUUCUGCUUCUCUUCUAAGUCAGAAACCUUUUUUCUUUUCCUCUUUGUCAUUAAUGAUUUCUGUUAAUUUCGGCCUAGGCCUGAGUGAGCAUGUUCCUGGGGUUGGUAUUGGAUCAGAUUGUGCUUUAGUACCUUAAUAGUAGUUUGUAGCAGAGUUUCAUAUCAGUUGCCUCACUGAUAUGAGUAUUAAUUCAUUUUCUUUCCAGCUGACACAAAUGCAAAGGGGUUUUUUUGCUGCUUUCUUACAAGGUAGCUGACCUAAGGGAAUUGCUCCAUGUAAUGGCAGAAGCACUGUUUGGAACCUCACCAGAGAGGCUCAGUAGAGUGAAAUCUGGGGUUAGUGCAAAAUUUCAUUUUGCUCCAGAAUGAGAAAGGGCUGUGCCAGUACUUGCCACUGAGGAUGAACCUCCAGAAUUAAUUUUUUAAUCACUGCAACAAAGCUAAAACAUAGCAAAAGUUCAAAUCUUGCAGAAAUAUCUGUGUCUGAUCAAGCAUGAACAUUUUGGAGGGCAUCUGCAUUGCUGGAGAAUCUGUGUUCCAGAGUUAGCAGUUGUACAUCCAGAAGUCUGUACUCUAAACUAUUUUUUAUCCUUUGAUUUCCUCUUGUGCAUCUACAUGAUAUGUUGUGAACUUUUGUAAUAACAAAAAAUGUUACUUGGCAAAAUAUUUUGCACUAUUAGAAAUCCAUAAUAUCAUAAAAAUAAUUAAAAUCUUCACUCUCAGUGUUGCAAGUGGAUCAGGCCAAGUGGCUCAUGUGCUGUUCAGAUGAAAAAGUUCCAGAGCAACCUGAUGGUUUCUUGUUUAAAGCUGGCAUUAAUGACUUGAGGGCAUUCUUCUCCCUUGCUGGUACUAAACAUUGCCCAAGCAUAGUGCUGCAAAAGGCAAUACACAGGUUUUUGUUCUUGUAGCACUUCUCACUCCUUCUCAUUCAUCUCCUUGCAUUUUGUGGUGAGAAUUUAAAGGUUCAACUUUUCCUUUCCUCUCCAACUCACAUGAUGUUUCUAUCCAUGGUUCAAUCUAAGUUGCUCUGUUUUCUUCAUUUAUUAAAGUUAGUAAACAGUAUAAAUGUUUUAAGGAGGAAAAUAGAAAAAAAACCCUAGAAAUUGUGGCCAUUAUUACUUUCAAAACCAUCAAACCAGGAAUGCUGCCAGAAAAUGGUUUUCAAAAAUUACUGUCUAAUACAGGCAUAAAUCUUAGUGGCUUUAUAUGAGGGUUAGAUGCUGAGCAAAUAAUCACAGAGGUUGUUCCAUUCUCAGCUUUGUGGAAUAAAUAUGGAAGCCAUGUGAGACUGCCAGUAUUCUUAAGUUUUUAUAAGGAUCAUAAAAUUGAAAGUUUUCUAGUGGAAUCUUUCAAAAUGGAGGCAUUGUAGUAAUAGUUCACUGCUUCAUGGAGUGAAAAUACAGGCUGAAAAGAAGUAAACAGAUUAAAUAGAAGAUGGUAAUAUUCAAUUUAGAAUAAUUUUCAUUUCAGACAAAAUGUUUCUGUGCUUAUGCUGCAUUGUUUCCUUACUAUUUACAAAGCUAUAGUUUGUUUACAAUCAUUAAAUAGUAUGUCUUUUUUGGUUUUGAACCUUAUGUGGGUUCAGAAAUAGAUUGGUCUUAUAUAUAUGUUGAUUUUAACUGUAGGUACAUUUUUUACUCUGUAAUAUACAGGAUCUUUUCCACUUACUAUCAGUGAUCUUUUAAAAAGGCUAAUAUUUGUGCCUUAUUUGAAUAGAAUUGCCAGUUACCAAAUAGAUAAGAGUCCAAACUGAUAUUUCUGGUUCAACACUCUUGUUCUCUGUCCUUGUGAUAAUAUAAAAUUGUUUAUUGGCUACAUAUGCAGUAUUUUUAGUACCACAGUGGGUUCUAUAUAAAGAUAAAUUUUCCAGGUCCAGUACUUUGCAAGUUUUAUACUUGUAUGCUUUUGAGUUGUGGAAAUCCUUCUAGUGUCUUUGAAAAUCAUCAACAUUGAUCACCAGCUACUGGUGAGAACUGAAUUGUGCUCAGUCAGAGCUCCUGUAGUCUUCUUCAGAGGCAUCUCUUUUCUUCAGGAUCUCAAAAAUCUUCCAUUUCUCCUGUUUAAGGGAGAUACCAGGUUAUUUGAUUAAGCUUUGUGAUCUGUUACUUACACAUAGGAACAAAUUUCCGAUGUAGAAAGUCAAACCAGGACUUGAGAUUAAUAUUUUUGAGUUUAUUUUGCAUAGAUGUCUGCCUAAAAUGAGCCGUAUCACUCAUCUGGUUUGGGAGGAAAAAGGGCAGUGGAAGGACAAAGGGAUUCCUGGGUUGUUCCAGUGCAGUGUGGUGAAGCAGAGCCUGGAAGUCCACAGGAGAGAUAGUAACUUCGAAGAAUUCCAGAUUUCAGUUCUAGCUCAGUUACAGUGGUUCCAGCUCAGUCAUGUAGGUAAAAGUAAUAUUACCUGUGGAGUUAACUCCCUGUGGGAUUUGCAGAAUGGAUAAUCUGUUGUCCUAGUCAGAACCUUCCCAUUCACAUGUGUAGAGAUGUAAUGAGGAAAACUGCAGAUACCAGGGAAGGGCUGUGGAUGCAGAGGUGAUCCCUACCCACCCUCUAUGCAUGCAGAGGGCAGUCUGUGUAGAAUAGGCAGUGGUUUGCUCUUCCAUCUCACAUUUUUGGGCAUCAUGUAGUUCUGAAAAAUAGACUUGUUCUGAAGAAAAAAUGUAGUUGUAGAAGUUGUCAUAGAAGUUGUUGACUGAACCCUUCCUUGUCAUUUAGCAUUUCAGUGGUGCUGCUGCUGUUGGGGUGGGAUCAUCAGAAACUCUCAGCACUGGCUGAAGUCCCCUCUCAGGCAUUGUAACACAGACUUCAGGCAGAGUUUUAGACAAGUGCUGGGUGCUUCUGAAAAUCCCACCAGAUCUAUUAGAAGAGUGUUUUAGACCUUAAAAUUCUGUUUUAGAUGUCUUCUCAGGUUUUAGGAUGAGCUAGUUUACAACCUCGUGUUCUUGUAACCAAUGUAAAGUCUAAGCAAAAGAGCAGUUAACCCAGGUGUUUAAAACAGCUUCUCCUUAUCCACCUGCAAUCAAUGAUACUCAGUUCUACAGAACAAUGUUUUGUUGGUGCAGCUGUCUAAUAGAAUUGCUAGGAGCAUCUAAAAUACUUUCUCUAUGCAUGUAAGUAAUCAAAGAAACAUUUCAUGCAAUAAUAAGUGCCAGCAUGAGACCCUUUUGCAAAUGCCCCCUGUGUAAUCCUGACUGUACCCUGUCCUGCAGGAAGAAUCCCUAACCAUGGACCUCCCUGACUCCUCAGGGAGAUCUCAAGAGGAGCUUUAUUUCCAAGGAGUUAGCAUCUCCUCCCUUGUCACCAGCCUCUAGUCCAGGUGCUGUGAGACUCUAGCCAGUGCAUUCCCAACAGCCUGGAAUUUCAGGCUAAACAAAUGUGGUUAAUAAACAGCUUCCAUGUUGCAAAGCUCAGGAUGGUGAAGGCUGUCCAUUCCUAUGAUAUUGCAGUAAAUCUUUGAAGAAUGAAUGUAGAAAUAACUGCACCAGCAAAACCAGUAUGAAUGGUGAUGUGACUUCUCUUCAGUAACUUCUUUGCUGCUAUUAGGCAUGUCUGUCUCUGCUGGGUGUUGUUUGCUUGUUAGCAGAAUCUGAGCUGACCAGAGCGUGUCCUCAUCUUCACCCCAGGAGCGUGGACCACAGCUGGCCUAGAAUUCGUGUUCCUCAGGGUGUUGAAAAUAAAGGAACGGAAAGGGAUGAUGUGGUUUGCUUGUGCAAAACCUCCCUUGAUCCGUUUUGCAAUAUCUGUUCCACAGUUUCAGUCAGUGGCCAGUUGAAAGUACUUGACAGGUCUUUCUGAAAGCUGCUUCACUUAUUCUUGUAGAGUUUCCUGGUGUGUGCACAGCCACCUCAGUCUAGAGGGACAUCCACAACCCACAUAGCUGGCAGGGCCAUUGCCAUCCUCUGCUGGGUUGCGGUAUGAAGCAGGUAACACAGUUGGAAGUUACUCCAAGGUGUACUGUAGUAAAGGGUACUCAAUUAAAUUGUACUAUUACUUAGCUCAAUACUAACAACACUUGUAUUUAGAAUCCAGUAACAGUAUUAGCAUUUGGAAAGUAAGUUGGGUUGACAUUUAUUAUGAUUGUGUGUGAAUUAACAUCCUUUCUGUUAGAAAUAAGGGAGCAGCUUGGUUGGAAGGGGAAAAUGUGUUGACUUUCAAAUCUUCAGUGAAUUUUGUGCAAUAUUGCCCCUUGUUUCAAAGUGAUUUAGUAGUGCACAUCUGCUUUCAAGCAGACCCAUGAAAUAGUAUUUUUUAGAACUGUGUAAAAUUACAUGUAACUUUGAAAUACGGUUGUAUGAUAAAAACAUGAAGAAAUCUAUUCUAAUGAGGCAAAUGUAUAUUUCUAGUGACUGGGAAUGAUUAUGGAUGUCACAUUCUGUAGAAAUAAUAAGGCCUAAGCCAAUGUUCACAUACCAGUAGUUCCAGGUAACUCUUAAAAGUAAAACCUGGUUAAAUUGAAGUGAGGAUAACUAUUUGACUUUAUGAUAUUUAGCUUAUGCUUUGAUCACUUGUUAAUCAUGGGUAAAAAGCUGAGGUGUUAAGCACUGCUUUUCAGGACCAGCGAUGACCACAAGAAUUGAGUUUGUGACAUCCGUAAUUAUCAUAAGUCAUUACUUAAAACAUCUACUAGUGUUGCCAGUAUCCUUUAAAGUUUUUGUAAAUUAAUUUCUUUGUAUAUUGAUGUACAUUUUUUUAACCUUUGGUUUUUCCUUGAGACCUUCUUUAAAUUAAUAUACUUGAAUGAGGCAAUAAAGCACUGUGGAAGAGCUAA